UCCUGGCAGCUAAACAAACCAACAAACCAACUGAUUGAUCCAGACGUACCAACUUUGCUGGAACUCAAUAGUAGGGUAGGUCUGUUGCUAACAAUAAGAUGAGUAAAAAAUAAAGAUUGUGUGUUACGUUUAAAAAUCACUCCGGUGCAACUCAAAAAAGCUGCCGAAGAGUGCGGUCCGACCACCCGGCAUCACGAUUUUGACGUUAGUUUUGAUUUCGAUGGUAAAUAAAUUCCACCUCUAUUGCUACGUAUAAUCAGGUAUGUUUUCUUGAAAAUGAAACUUCAUCUGGCAAAUUACCGAUGACUACUGAUGAUUUUACAUUCAAGGUGCAAUAUGAUUAAAAACGUUCGCCGCAUUUGUGUACGGAUAUCAUCCAUACGGGGAUAUUCCACCGCAUCUAAGACAGACAGUCAAAAACUUGAGCUAGAAUUCCUCGGUCAAAAGUAUCCGAGAGAUCAUUACACUAAUAUAACGGCUAAAAUAGCCAGAUACCUCGGUCGAAACUUGCAUACAGUACCAAAUCACCCAUUGUCACAUGUGAGACAAAGAAUCACUGACUAUUUUUAUAAGGCUUUCCCAAACAGACUUGGUAAUCCAGUGUUUAGUAUACAUGACAACCUGAGGCCAAUCGUAACAGUUGAACAGAAUUUUGAUUCAUUGCUUGUUCCAAAAGAUCACCCUAGUAGAAGCAAAAGUGAUUGUUAUUAUAUCAACUCCAAUACUCUGCUCAGAGCUCACACAACUGCUCAUCAGUCAGAGCUCAUUUCUAUGGGACUCAAUAAUUUUAUCGUCAUUGGAGACGUUUAUCGCAGAGACGAUGUUAACGCCACCCAUUAUCCUGUCUUCCAUCAAGCUGACGCUGUCAGACUUCAGACACAAGAUGAACUAUUUCAAGGUGUAGAAAAUUCUGUGGAUUUAAAGAUAUUUGAGCACAGGGGUUCGGAAGACACAAAUAAGCAAGGGUGUCAUACAUUAGAAGCUACUAAAAUCAUGGAACAUGAACUGAAAACUGUUUUGACUGGAUUAGUACAGGCUCUUUUUGGCAAAGACAUCAAAUACCGUUGGGUGGAAGAAUUUUUUCCAUUCACUCAUCCUUCUUGGGAACUUGAAAUAAAGAAAAAUGAACAAUGGAUCGAAAUUUUGGGCUGUGGUAUUAUGCGACAGGAGAUAUUGCAAAGAUCUGGGGCCGGUGAUCGCAUAGGUUGGGCUUUUGGCAUUGGUUUAGAACGCAUUGCUAUGUCUUUAUACAAUAUCCCAGACAUCAGACUGUUCUGGAGUACUGACUCUGGUUUUCUGCAUCAAUUUCAAGUUGGGGAUCAUAAUACACCAAUUGUAUAUAAGCCUGUCAGUAUCUAUCCACAAUGCACAAAUGACCUCAGUUUUUGGAUACCAAAAGGAGAGAAUUUUUCGCCUAACGAUUUCUUUGAUAUAGCCAGAGAGGUUGGGGGCGAUGUAAUUGAACAAAUUUUGCUAGUAGAUGAAUUUACGAACCCAAAGACUCAACAGACCUCUCAUUGCUAUAGAAUUAUCUAUAGACACAUGGAACGCAAUCUGACGAAAUUUGAAGUCAAUAAUCUUCACGGAAGAAUCGGAAGAACUGUAGCAGAGAGAUUCAAAGUUGUUAUUAGAUAAUUAGUCCAUUAAUAAACCAUGUUUGUUAAC